UAAUUAAUGUACCACAAUAGCAGUAAAAAAGUGAAUGAUUUGCAACUGCUGCAGCUAAAAGUAGAUUAGAUAGGCAGCGUUUGGCUCAAGGCACAUCCAUCCUCUCCAUACCAAACAUGUUUUACUCUUUAAUCUUUACUGGAAACAACCAACUCUUCAAAAUUUGAACACGAGUUUCAUCAAAACUUCCUUCUCUCCCCCUAUAAUCUCCUGCUUCAGUUAAUUUCUGCUAAUUUAAGCACACAAUUUCAUCAGGAGAAACGCACCCGUUGCGAAAUAUUGCAAAUGUAUUAUUGGAACCUACAAGUUCAUGUUCUGAGAUCUGGAAUUCACUUCCAAUUUGGGAUUCUAGUGAAAUGAAAUUUUGCCGUUGAGGAAAAGCAGGUGAUUCUGAGGUUAUGAAGUAAUUUAUUAAACUUUCCAGUGCUCGCAUUUGUUGUAAUUCUAAUCUAAUUUGUAGUAUUUUGCCUUUUUUGGCAAGAAACUUUUUGAUGUGUACAGACAACAAGAAUGCAAGAAUUGUACUAGAGAUUUGCUAGGGUUUUUGCCUUUGUAGGAAUUUUUUCUUGUUGAGGGAAUAAAUUUUGAUGUGUAGACAGCAAGAAUGCUAGAAUUGUACUAGAAAUUGCUAGGGUUUUUGCCUUUGUAGGAAUUUUUUCUUGUUGAGGGAAUAAAUUGCACUGCCGUAACGUUGUUGUUGCUCUUGGAAAUGGAUUUUCGUCGAGACAAUGCAUUUUCUAAUGCGAAUGUGGUGCAAAUUCUUUCUGGGAGCUCUGGGAAUUGUGGUAGUGAGAAUUGGGGGCCGGGGUCGAGUGAUCAGGCGAUUUGGGCUACUGAGGAUGACUACGGAAUGUGGAGUGGCGAAGCUUCCGGUGAUGCUAAUUCAAACUCGAAUUACGAGGGAACGGGAUCACAGUCCCGGUCAGGAAGUGAGCCUCCUAGUAAAAGAUCCAAGAAUUCCCAGUCAGGGGACUUGGUGUCUUCCAACAGGUCGAAGGCGAUUGGGAAGAUGUUUUACAAGACCAAACUGUGCUGCAAAUUCCGAGCUGGCACUUGCCCGUAUGUCACCAACUGUAACUUUGCACACAGCAUUGAGGAACUCAGGAAACCACCCCCUAACUGGCAAGAAAUCAUGGCUGCACAUGAGGAAGACCGGCCAGUGUCGUCUGAGCCAAGGGAGGAGUUCCAGAUUCCGAUUGUGGGAGUCACUGACGAGACACAGAGGUCAUAUAAAGGGCGGCACUGCAAGAAGUUCUAUACAGAGGAAGGCUGCCCUUAUGGUGAGAACUGCACUUUCCUUCACGAUGAGCAGUCAAAAUCCCGAGAAAGUGUUGCUAUAAGCUUGGGCCCUGGCAGCGGUGGUGCAUCAUAUGGGAAUAGCGCGAUUGCGGUAACCUUGAAGCCAUCGAAUUGGAAAACGAGGAUUUGUAAUAAGUGGGAGCUUACGGGGUAUUGCCCGUUUGGCAGCAAGUGUCAUUUCGCCCAUGGAGCUGCAGAACUACAUAAUUAUGGCGGACUGGACUCAGAAGGUAAAGAUUGUUCCACUCUUGAUGCCAGGCAAGCGCCUACUAAAACUUCAGUGGAUUCCAUUCUCGCAUCUGUCGCCUCCGCUCCUUAUUCCGAUGGUUAUCACCUUGGAGUUCCGGCACAAAGGUUGUCGAACGUGGUUCAGAAGACCGGACAUAGACCGACACAGAAAUGGAAGGGCCCCGACAAAAUUAGCAAGAUAUACGGUGACUGGAUCGACGACCUCUAGCAGACAUCUCUGCAUAUAUGAGGUAUUUGAUAGACUCAACACUUCUGUGAGAAAAUUCUCAUCCAAGAAUAGGAAAAAAUGAUUCCCCUUUAGUGACUUAACACCAAGCUUCUUUGUUGUUGUAAUUGAGUGUUGCUGUGUAAAAUAUCGUAUGCAUCUUCUGCUCUUCUUAGGUUAGAGUAGUUGAUAGAGAAGAUGCAUGCAUAUGCGUAUGGAUUUUUUUUAACAAAAUAGAAUAAAUAUAUAAGCAGGUUAUUAGACAAAA